AUGGUCAACGAACUGGAGAUACCCGAGGGCGUGACAGUUGCCCCGUACAUAUGGACGGAGCCCGACGAGUCGCUGCUGACCAGCGACAGCCCUGUCACCACCAGCGUCGGGGAGUUCGACGCAUGGAGCCGGAGCACAGACUCCAGCCUCGCGUUGUCCCGGGCUAUGACCGACUCGGAAAUCGAUUACGAGCGGUACCGCAGGUAUAAGACUAGGAGCUUCAGUGAUCCAUGGGUGCAAAUGAGAGCUGUCCUGGAUUCCCUCCCACCCGAAUACUUGGCUUCUGUUAACAGUUUCAGAUCGUCCUCCGAACUGACUAACGAGAGCAGCAAUGUUGAGAGACCUCUCUUGCGACCGCAACACGCCGAGGAAUUGAGGCUCAAGAUGGGGAGGUUUUUCGACGAGGAGUGCCGAGUCUUCACCCCCGAAGACCCCGGACUGUUGGCGCUGGAAGAGGCGUUGCAGCAAUUCGACUUGAAGGAUUCUGAUCUCGACAGCGUCACGCCG